AUGUUCUGCCUGGGCGCGCUGCGGCUGCGGGGCUUCCCGCUGCGGGGCUCCCCCGGCCGCCUACUUUCCGUCUGCGGCCGCGAAGGAGAAGAAAACCCACCCUCACCUGCAGAAACAAGAUGGAAAGACAGGGCAGAAACAGUGAUAAUUGGAGGUGGCUGCGUUGGUGUGAGUCUGGCUUAUCACUUGGCCAAAGCAGGCAUGAAAGAUGUGGUCCUCCUGGAGAAAUCGGAGCUCACUGCUGGAUCUACCUGGCACGCAGCAGGUUUAACAACUUACUUUCAUCCUGGAAUAAACUUAAAGAAAAUACAUUAUGAUAGCAUCAAACUUUAUGAGAAACUGGAAGAAGAAACCGGACAGGUGGUGGGAUUCCAUCAGCCAGGUAGUAUCAGAAUUGCUACAACUCCUGUAAGGGUAGAUGAAUUUAAAUAUCAAAUGACUCGGACUGGCUGGCAUGCAACGGAACAGUAUAUUAUUGAACCUGAAAAAAUACAAGAGAUGUUUCCUUUACUCAACAUGAAUAAGAUUUUAGCUGGACUGUAUAAUCCUGGAGAUGGUCACAUUGAUCCUUAUUCUCUAACUAUGGCCCUGGCUGCUGGGGCUAGGAAAUAUGGUGCCCUUUUAAAAUAUCCUGCACCAGUGACUUCUUUGAAACCCAAGUCAGAUGGAACAUGGGAUGUUGAAACACCACAGGGAUCUAUGAGAGCAAAUAGAAUUGUGAAUGCUGCAGGGUUUUGGGCUCGUGAAGUAGGUAAGAUGAUUGGACUAGAACAUCCUCUCAUUCCAGUUCAGCAUCAGUAUGUUGUCACAUCGACCAUCCCUGAAGUGAAAGCUUUAAAGCGAGAACUCCCGGUGCUCCGUGACCUGGAAGGAUCUUAUUACCUCCGACAGGAAAGGGAUGGGCUUUUGUUUGGUCCAUAUGAAAGUCAAGAGAAAAUGAAAGUUCAGGACUCAUGGGUCACCAGUGGAGUUCCUCCAGGGUUUGGAAAGGAGCUCUUUGAGUCUGAUCUAGACCGAAUCAUGGAACACGUCGAGGCUGCCAUGGAAAUGGUUCCAGUCUUGAAGAAGGCUGACAUCAUCAAUAUCGUCAAUGGUCCUAUCACCUAUUCUCCUGACAUUCUGCCUAUGGUAGGGCCCCAUCAGGGGGUCAGAAACUACUGGGUGGCUAUAGGCUUUGGGUAUGGCAUAAUCCAUGCUGGUGGGGUAGGGAAAUAUCUCAGUGACUGGAUCCUGCACGGAGAGCCUCCUUUUGAUCUGAUAGAAUUGGAUCCCAAUCGCUAUGGCAAGUGGACAACAACUCAGUACACCGAGGCCAAAGCAAGAGAGUCGUAUGGAUUCAACAAUAUUGUUGGUUACCCUAAAGAAGAACGGUUUGCCGGGAGGCCAACUCAGCGAGUCAGUGGGCUUUAUAAAACCCUGGAGUCCAAGUGUUCCAUGGGGUUCCAUGCAGGCUGGGAGCAGCCACACUGGUUCUAUCAACCAGGCCAGGACACUGGGUACAGGCCAAGUUUUCGCCGCACAAACUGGUUUGAUCCUGUGGGCUCUGAGUAUAAACAGGUUAUGCAAAGGGUAGGGGUGAUUGACCUGUCACCAUUUGGCAAGUUUAACAUCAAAGGUCAAGACUCCAUUAGAUUGUUGGACCAUCUCUUUGCAAAUGUCAUUCCCAAGGUGGGUUUUACAAAUAUAAGUCACAUGUUAACACCAAAAGGUCAAGUAUAUGCUGAGUUGACAGUUUCUCACCAGUCUCCUGGGGAGUUUCUAUUAAUAACUGGUUCUGGAUCAGAACUUCAUGAUCUUAGAUGGAUUGAAGAAGAGGCUGUCAAAGGUGGAUAUGAUGUUGAAAUUAAAAACAUAACCGAUGAGCUUGGAGUCCUUGGCAUCGCAGGGCCACAUGCAAGAAAGGUCCUUCAGAAACUGACCUCUGAAGAUCUUAGUGAUGGUGUUUUCAAGUUUCUUCAGACCAAGUCUUUAAAGGUUUCCAACAUUCCUGUCACUGCUAUCAGGAUAUCUUAUACUGGUGAGCUGGGUUGGGAGCUGUACCACAGACGAGAAGAUUCUGCGGCACUUUAUGGCGUUAUCAUGAAUGCAGGCCAGGAAGAGGGAAUUGACAAUUUUGGAACCUAUGCCAUGAAUGCCUUAAGACUGGAGAAAGCUUUCAGAGCCUGGGGGUCAGAGAUGAACUGUGAUACAAAUCCCCUGGAAGCGGGACUGGGAUAUUUUGUAAAACUAAAUAAGCCAGCAGACUUCAUAGGAAAGCAAGCACUGAAACAGAUUAAAGCCAAGGGGCUGAAACGGAGACUGGUCUGCCUCACCUUGGCAACGGACGAUGUUGAUCCGGAGGGAAAUGAAAGCAUCUGGUAUGGUGGCAAGGUGGUUGGCAACACGACCUCCGGAAGCUACAGUUACAGCAUCCAGAAGAGUCUGGCUUUCGCGUAUGUCCCUGUAGAGCUAAGUAAAGUGGGACAACAAGUGGAAGUUGAAUUAUUAGGCAAAAAUUACUCAGCAACCGUCAUACAAGAACCCUUGGUGUUGACGGAACCAAUCAGAAACAAGCUUCAGAAAAAAGGUGGAAAGGACAAAAUUUGAAAAGACUUUGAGAAGGCAACUGAAUUAUGGUUGCUGUGUGAUUGUACUGAAAAUGAUAACUGAUUUGCUGGGGAAUAGGGGAAACCAAAAAUUUAUUUCAAAAUCAUCAGAAUCUUAAAACCAUUCUCUUGUUUCCUAAGCAAUAUAGAAUAAUGGAUGAGUGAUUUACAUUGUUGUUUCAGAUGAAGAAAUUUGAAGCUAAUGUUUUUACUAUUCUAUAUUGUUGUUUAUGAAACUCGGCAAAACAUUUAAUUGUUUGCUAACAUACCAUCAUUAUUACAACUGAAGUAGAAAACAUUAUAUAAUUUUAGAAACACUUUUAUGUGGUUCUUGUUAGCUGAAAACAAAUUAUGUUUUGUUUUUUGUUUUUUUUACAAAUUAUGUUUUACAUAAAGACAAAAGCAGUAUUGUUGAUGGAUUUACUUCAUUGAAAAAUACUAGUUGAAUAAGGGAUCAUUUUAAUUUUUCAUAAUAUAUCUAGGAAGAAAAUAGUAAAAUUUAAUAUUGGUAUAU